UCUUCCUCGAGCCUCUAUAUUUCCUUUACAUGCUUUCCAUUGAAAUGUUAAUGACAUCGCGGCAACACAACGUAGGAGGAGAUGGCAGCGAAGGAGCAGGCGGCCCAGGAGCAAAGGGCGCACAUGGAGCAGCAGAUUCUGGAGUACCAGCAGCAGCAGAUACAGAUGAUGCAGCAGAUGCAACAGCAGCAGCAGAUGAUGCAAGCGCAGCAGGCACAGAUGAGCUGGUUGAUGAGCCAGACGGUUCUAUCUAGUCCACCGGGGAGUAUUGCUGCUCCUCCACCUUACACCACGCCGUGGAUGCCGCCACCGCCCACUCAGACCCCGGGGACACCUAUCACCGUGAACAACUUGAACAUCAUCCGGAGCAUGAACCGCGAUUAUAUGUCACAAGGCAAUGACAAUGAGGCCGGCGGAAGCGGAGGAGGACAAGGUUGAUGGCAUGGUCUUCGUGCACUCGUCGUCGUUGUAAUGGAUUGUUCGCACUUGUUAUGGAUUGUAAUAAUGGACAUUGCUAUGCAUGAACUAUGUGUGCUCGAUGUGGACUCUAUGUAACGGAUUGUAUGCAUGAACUAUGUGUGCUCGAUGUAUUUGUGGUGUUGUUGAUGUGUUUGGUGAUCUUAUGUUGAUAUAUAUGUUAUAUAUGCUAUAUUUGUGAAAUGCAAUAUUUGAAAUGCAGGGAUAAUUGAAAAAUAGCAAA